AAAUAUCAUUAUAGAUUCUCAUAGAAUUGAUGAUCAAUAUCAGAAAAUAUCUUAAAGAAAAAGAUAUCCUUUUGAGUCCAAAAUUGUGUGCAUUAUGAAGAUAUGGAUAUAAAUCCGAAGAAAUAUAAUAUGGAUUAUCGAUUUGCUUUUUAUAGCAGAACUCUUUGUACUCCUCAGUUUUGUUCCCUCCUUUGUCUUCCUCCCUAGUGUCCAACGUCAUCUAUUUCAUUCUAAAUGUGACAGGUACAACAAUCAGAGAACUUGUGUCUCUAGCUGCGACCUGGAGCGAUCGAGUCGUCAUUCUAGACAGUAAUCGGCGUCAGUCCAGACAGGUCCAGACACGUAACGAAACGUAAGUCAUCACUGAGUGCGACGACGCAAUGAGACAGUUCCCAUUAUCGCAGACCUAACCUGGCCCGGAGCUGGCCGAAGUAACUCUCCCCGCCUCGCCGAUCCGAUAGGUGACGUAUGUGUGUGUAUGUGGUGUGUGAUACCCGGCGGUGGCGACGGUGGUGGCCGUCUUUCGACCGUCCGUCGUUCGUGCUCGUUCCUCGAUCAGUCGUCAGUACGCGAAGUCGACACGUCGCGAGUGGAUCGGAGCGAAUUGCGAGUCUUCACCAUUUGCAUUCGCCGUCUCUUUCUUCCCCCGUCUCGCGUCGUCUCUCUUCAGUCCCGCGACGGAACGGACCAGUUUCAGCGGAGGGAUCCGCGAAGGAUGACCGACUCCGAGAUCGAGAUGCACUACACGCCGCCGACGUCAGACACCAUCCAGACGAAGCCGUUCCCGAUCCGAGGUGAACGUGCGAAUUUCGUGAACAAGCCUCAUGUGAUCGCGAUGGUCGGCUUGCCGGCUCGCGGCAAGACUUACAUAUCCAAAAAGCUGUGCCGAUAUCUCAAUUGGAUCGGUAUCAGUACGAAAGUCUUCAAUCUGGGCGAAUACAGGCGGCAUGCUACUACGGCCUAUCAAUGCCACGAAUUUUUCCGUCCUGAUAACAUAAAGGCCAUGGCGAUACGCACGCAAUGCGCGAAGGACGCCCUGAAUGACGUCUGCCAGUGGCUGGAGAGUGGCGAUGGUGAGGUAGCCGUUUUCGAUGCCACCAACUCCACGGUUGAGAGACGCCAGCUUAUACGUGAUAUCGUCGUAAGGAAGAUGGGUUUCAAGCUCUUCUUCGUCGAGUCUGUGUGCAAUGAUCCGGAAAUCGUUGAGCAGAAUAUUAUGGAAGUGAAAGUCAGUAGUCCGGAUUACGCGAAUAUGAAAAAGGAGGACGUGCUCGCGGACUUCAUGCUGCGAAUCGAGCAUUAUCAGGAGCGAUAUCAGCCGUUGGACGAGCAGCGCGAGAGCGACCUGUCAUUUAUGAAAAUAUAUAACACCGGCGAGAAGGUGCUGGUCCAUAAGCACGAAGGCCAUAUACAAAGUAGAAUAGUUUACUAUCUUAUGAACAUUCAUAUUGUGCCACGCACGAUUUACUUGACCAGGCACGGUGAGAGCCUGAUGAACCUCGAUGGCAGAAUCGGCGGCGAUUCGGACCUGAGCGAGCGGGGACAUGAAUAUGGCAAGGCACUGGCGGAUUAUAUCAGUAGUCAGAACAUACAGGGUUUGAGAGUUUGGACUAGCUGGCUGAAGAGGACCAUUCAAACUGCGGCUGAUGUAAAAGCUCCGCAAGAAAGGUGGAAGGCUCUCAAUGAAAUUGAUGCUGGUAUUUGUGAGGAGAUGACUUAUGAAGAAAUUGCCUCGAAAUACCCAACGGACUUUGCCGCGAGAGAUCAAAACAAGUUCUCGUAUCGUUAUCCCAGGGGGGAGAGUUACGAAGAUCUCGUCGCACGACUUGAGCCGGUGAUAAUGGAGUUGGAACGUCAGGGUAACGUUUUAGUGGUUAGUCAUCAAGCGGUUCUUCGAUGUUUACUCGCUUAUUUCCUGGAUAAGAGCGCAGACGAGUUACCGUAUUUGGAAGUACCUCUGCACACCAUCAUGAAAUUAACACCGGUCGCUUACGGCUGCAAGGUGGAGCACAUUCGACUACCGAUAGAAGCCGUGGAUACUCACCGGCCGAAACCAAAGAUUCCGGGAUAUCUAGAAGAGCGAUUCCGAGGGAAAGGGAAGGUACUAUGCACGUGAUAGCAACGAAUUUCGUAAAGCACGGCGCAGCUAUUCCCUACCGUUGAAUAUACCGAGAUGCUGAAGCGGCAUAGAUUCUCGCGUACGUCGAUAGAAUUGGCGCGCAUCCGAGCCCCUUUCUUCCUAUGUGUGUCAAAAGCAAGCUAGAGACAUGAGACUGCGAUCGGCAGUGUACCUAUCUGCGAAACCUAUAGGCACAGACGGAGGAUUCUCUGCGAAGACGCGAGUUCCGCAUGACGAGCGGACACAUAACACACAUACACACACACACACACACACACACAACAAAUAAUAUAUACUGCGCGUUAUUUUGUGUUAUUUUUAUUAUUUUUCGAUUGGCAUCUAGGUAGAUAGCGAGAAAAUAUGUGAUACUGGAUGAUUAACGACGAGAAGAAUCCGUUGACGCGGACAAUAGGCGACAAUUGACUUUUCUAGACAUGCGUUUCUCUCUGGAAUCGCGCAUUUUUUUCUGAUCAGCGCGUGCUUUUUUGAAGUUUUUUUGAAAUUUGCUCUUGCGAAGAAAAAGUAUCCUGACAAACAGUACGUCGUACACGAUACAUAUGUGAUUUUCCAAGAAUUGUAUGUAUCCUCAAUCGACAGAUACUUCGAAACGAUCGCUCGCGAAAUAUAAAAGCGAAUGAUUCCUUUUUUUUUUUUUUUUUUUUCCCAUUAUUAUUUUAUCUCUGGGAUAAUCUUCGGAUAUGUCCGUUAGAGAAUUAUUUCGAGGCGGAUCUAAAUAUCAUAAGAAUUGUGAUGUUGAUAAUAAUACUCGACUACAUAAAAGUACCGAGAUAUAGUACAAUAUCUUAGAUUUUGCGAUAAUACUUCCAAGCAAGCUAACGAACACAUACAGUCCAUUGUCUAACAUACACGCUGCGAUCUUAUACGUUAAGUAGCUGAAUUACGGUAUAUUUCGAUUACGAAUAUAUGUAUCUCGAUCGAUGAGAAACAUAUAAUAAAUAAUACAUGCAAUUUUA